CUCUACCCGACCUGUGUAUGUAACUUUGGCCUGAUACCAGGGUAGUUGUGAUAGACGGGGCUAGACCCUGUUAGAUACUGCCGUAUUUUUAACCUAAUCCAGCCACCUUUCCAGGGACUUAACCUUGCGUUGUCCUUACUUUCCAUUCCCUCUACAACAUCAACUUUUUUCUCCUCUUCCGCUAACAUUACAUUGACAAGUCGCUACCGUAUCAAGAAACGCAAUGGAAAGCAACGCCGUUGAGAGGAUCUUGUCUGAUGACACGCCUCAGAGUUCCGAAGCCUUUUCAGGAUAUCGGUGGACGUAUCACGAUUCUCUACAAGAGGGACCUAUUCGUUCACGAGCCGAGUCAUUUUCGGCAUCUGUGGACUGGAGCUCACUCCUGCAGUACGCAGCCAAGAGGAGGAAUGGGUCCAGCUGCCAUCUCCUUCGUGAUAUUGGCCUUGGCUACAACCAUAUGGUCCGAAUCAUCCAGUUUGACGAUGGUGUGCGAUGGGUGGCACGACUGCGAAUGCCUCCUAUUGGUACCUCAGCUGUCUCCGAAAACUCGGAUCAGUCGGUAGAGGCAGUUGAAAACUGCGAAUACAACACCAUUUCCCUUGUGCGACAAAAAACCAGCAUACCGGUUCCUGAAGUCCAUGCUAUCGAGGCUCGACGGGAUUGUGACGUCAAGGCACCAUUCAUGUUGAUGGACUGUCUACCAGGGAACGUGGGAAUGGACUUGGGCAUGAAGAUCCCGCCUGGAUAUAAGCAAACGUUCCUACGCCGUCUCGCGGAGAUUCAUGCAAGUCGCCGAAGUGUUCCAAGCACACCUUUAACUAAUCCAUCACAGGUUCAGUUAGCCACGGUACAACUCCCUAUGAUUGGGACAAUCGUUUCGAGAAACGAGGACGGCACAUACCGGCAAGGCCCAAUUCGGGGUCUUGGUGGUCCUUUCAACACAGCGACCGAAUUCUUCCAAGCAUGGGCGGCCAAGACCACAUUCGGCAUGACGGACGAAGAACUACGAAAAGCAUCUGGUCAAUAUGCUGACGAGAUUAUCCCCUCCGUCUCAUCUUUUCCAAAAUCCAUUAGCGACCUUGCUAGUAGACUCUCAGCUCGCGACCACGGCCCGUUCCCUCUUUGCCACGGCGACUUUGGCCACAACAAUAUCAUUGUUGACGACGAGUAUCGUGUCCUCGGUUUGAUUGACUGGGAGGCAUCCUUCGCUGGGCCAUGGGAGAUGUUUGCAGAUUUUCCUUUAACCCUCUCAAUGGUUCCGCCAGCGAUCGAUGUACCGUGGAAUUACAACGAACAAGGCGAUCCUGUCACCGACGAACUAAAACAGCAGCUUGCAGACCAGAAAAGCUACGUGGCGGUUGUGAAAGAAGCUGAGGAUAGGAGGGGAACAGACAACUCAUUAUCAGACGCGCUGAAGAAUUGGAAAAGACAGCAGCUGGUGACUGCGAUGAGGCUGUACCAGAGGGGAAAAGUUGGGUGGUAUUCUAAACUAAUCGAUGAGUUUGCAUAGAUUUUGUUACAUCCGCCUUCAAGACCAUGUGUGACGCUCAGGAAGCGCGAGACGUGAAUUGAAGACUGCUCCAUUUGGUAUUUUCUAUCUAUUCCUCUAAAGCAAAAACAGGGGUCUAUAAGUAUGUAAUGGCCGGCGAACUUGUCCGCCAAUUGGAUGCUCGAGCUGGGCGGGACUCUGACGAGGCGAAGUAAUCUUGCACGAGAUUAAUGACAUAGCAUAUUCGCAGAC